CGCAGCUCCCGGGCAACGCCGGAAGUCACGGCUUGCACCUGCCAAAUCUCCCCGGCGGGAAACCGCUCCCCACGCGGACGGGGCCGCCCAGGCUCCACUGUCGACGUGGACACUUAGACUUGGAGUGGAGGGAUAUCCCCACGGCCAUUUCGGCAACACUGCGGAGUCUUGGCCCUCGUAGGGAUGCACCCUGACGAGGUAGAGGAGUGACGUUCGGACAGAGAAAAGAGGACACACUCUGGCGCCUGGGGCAAGGAGCUCAGGGCAGGGCAGGGCCAGGCGUGAUCCAACCCACCGUUCGGGGCGUGCCCGUGCGCCGCUACUACGUCCGGGCCCGCCAAGAGUGAUUCGGCACGCGCGGAUCGCGCCCCAGGGUGGAACUAGGGAGUGUGGAUCGACGGCACGGUCGGACCGUAUCGCGAAGCACAGCGGGACCCACGGCCGAGGUGCGCGCAGUGAAGCAGCCGGUUGGCUGCCUUAGAAGCUAUGGCUGCUCAGGUGCUGGGAGCUACCGCGCGCGCUCUGUGCUCGCGGUGCUGGCGACUGGGAACUUGGCAGACACAGAUUAGAGACACCCACCAGAGAGCCUCAUUGUUGUCCUUCUGGGAACUCAUUCCCAUGAGAGCAGAACCUCUGCGGAAGAAGAAGAAGGUAGAUCCUAAAAAAGACCAAGCUGUGAGAGACCGUUUGAAAAAGAGGAUCCGACGACUAGAAAAGGCUAGCCAGGAGCUAAUUCCCAUUGAAGAUUUUAUUACGCCUGUGAGGUUCUUGGAUAAAGUGAGACAGCGGCCUCAGGUAGAGCUCUCCUUUGAGGAGGCUGAGCGGAGAGCUCUGCUUCUGAAGAAAUGGUCCCUGUACAAGCAGCAAGAGCAUGAGAUGGAGAGGGAAGCCAUCAAGUCCAUGCUUGAGGCCCAGCAGGAAGCUCUGCAAGAGCUGAAACUCAUGUCCCAGGAGCUGCAUGGGGAGGCCAUCAAGCGGGACCCUAGUCUGUUCCCCUUUGAGAGAGAAGGGCCAACUUACACACCACCAAUCUCCAACUACCAGCCCCCUGAAGGCAGGUACCACGACAUCACCAAGGUAUAUACACAAGUGGAAUUCAAGAGGUAGAGCUGGAGGCAGCCAUCUGAACACUGUGCCCUUCAGAGCCAGAAUGACCAGGGCUCAAGUCCACUUGUCACAGUAUGAGGCAUGCUGAGAAUAAAUGUAAGUGUAACCAAG